ACCUGCGCCGGGAAGGCUCCGGGACGCCAGCGCACGCGGAGCGGGGACCCCGGAGAGCCAGCAGGCGAGAAGACCGGCCGAGGGAGAGCCUAUCGCGCCUCGGGAGGCCCGAGGAAGUGGUCCCGGGCCGGGAGGCUCCUGUGCCGAGCUGAGGCCAGGGGUCUGGGGUCGCAGCCCGGCGUGCCUGCAGCUGCCGUCGCUUGGGAGCAGCAGCUGUGCCCGGGAUCCCGGCGGCGGCGGGGGAAGGAGGAGCUGCAGCUGGACUGUGGCAGCUGGAGGGAGAGGGCCGGGCUCCCCUGGCGGAGCCGCGCUGGGACGACCCGCUGACCGCGGCCAUGCAGCCUUGACGGAGUCGCUCGGGCGCAGGGGAGCAGCCGCGGGCGCGCCCUCCCGGGAAGGGGCACCGGAGCGCAGGCAGCAGCACUUUAUUUCCGACUCUCCAGCCCAGCGAGAGGCGAAGCGGUUUACCAUGGAACCCGUGACCAAGUGGAGCCCCAAACAAGUGGUAGACUGGACUAGAGGGUUGGAUGACUGCCUGCAACAAUAUGUCCACAAGUUUGAACGAGAGAAGAUCAAUGGCGAGCAGCUGCUGCAGAUUUCCCAUCAGGAUCUGGAGGAGCUGGGGGUCACACGGAUCGGACACCAGGAGCUUGUGUUGGAGGCUGUGGACCUUCUCUGUGCACUGAAUUAUGGCCUCGAAACCGAUAAUAUGAAGAACUUGGUUCUGAAACUGAGAGCAUCUUCCCACAAUUUACAGAAUUACAUAAGUAGCCGGCGGAAAAGUCCCGCUUACGAUGGCAACACCUCCCGCAAGGCCCCCAAUGAGUUCCUGACCUCCGUGGUGGAGCUCAUCGGCGCUGCCAAGGCCCUGCUGGCGUGGCUGGACCGGGCUCCGUUUACAGGGAUCACUGAUUUCUCAGUCACGAAGAACAAAAUUAUCCAGCUUUGCUUGGACCUGACCACUACAGUCCAGAAGGACUGCUUUGUAGCGGAAAUGGAGGAUAAAGUUUUAACUGUGGUCAAGGUUUUAAAUGGCAUCUGUGACAAAACAAUCCGAUCUACCACAGAUCCUGUGAUGAGCCAGUGUGCAUGUCUGGAGGAAGUUCACUUACCAAACAUUAAACCUGGGGAAGGCCUGGGCAUGUACAUCAAAUCAACCUAUGAUGGGUUACACGUGAUUACUGGAACCACAGAAAAUUCUCCUGCAGACAGAUCUCAGAAGAUUCAUGCUGGUGACGAAGUCAUUCAAGUUAAUCAGCAAACCGUGGUGGGAUGGCAGCUGAAAAAUCUGGUGAAGAAAUUGAGAGAGAAUCCCACAGGAGUUGUGUUACUGCUUAAGAAGCGCCCCACCGGGUCUUUCAACUUUACUCCUGCUCCCCUGAAAAACCUACGGUGGAAGCCACCUCUUGUACAGACCUCACCUCCACCCACGACAACCCAGUCCCCUGAAAGCACUAUGGAUACCUCACUGAAGAAGGAGAAGUCAGCCAUCCUGGAUCUUUAUAUUCCUCCUCCGCCAGCUGUUCCCUACUCUCCCCGGGAUGAGAACGGCAGUUUUGUUUAUGGAGGGUCCAGUAAGUGCAAACAACCAUUGCCUGGUCCUAAGGGUUCAGAGUCCCCGAAUUCCUUCUUGGACCAGGAAAGCCGGAGACGAAGAUUUACCAUUGCCGACUCGGAUCAGUUGCCUGGGUACUCGGUGGAAACCAACAUUCUGCCCACAAAAAUGAGAGAGAAAACACCAUCUUAUGGCAAGCCGCGGCCUUUGUCCAUGCCUGCUGAUGGGAACUGGAUGGGGAUUGUGGACCCUUUUGCCAGACCUCGAGGUCAUGGCAGGAAAGGGGAGGAUGCCCUUUGCCGGUAUUUCAGUAACGAGCGGAUUCCUCCGAUCAUCGAAGAGAGCUCCUCUCCCCCAUACCGGUUCUCCAGACCCACGACCGAGCGGCAUCUGGUCCGGGGUGCGGACUACAUCCGAGGAAGCAGGUGCUACAUCAACUCAGAUCUCCACAGCAGCGCCACGAUUCCAUUCCAGGAAGAAGGGACCAAAAAGAAAUCUGGCUCCUCAGCUGCGAAGUCCUCAUCCACAGAACCGUCCCUCCUGGUCAGCUGGUUUACGCGCCUCAAACUGUUGACUCACUGAGAGGGACCCUGCUCAGGCCACCUGCCUGGCUCCUGCCCCAAGUGCCUUGCUUUUGCAGUGGACAGCCUCUUCUCGUUUCAGCCUCAGUAUUAUGUAGGGACCUUACGCAAUUUUUUUUUUUUUUUUUUUUUUGAAAAGUUAUCUACUGCCCUUCUUGGAAGUUUGCAGGAUUGGAUGGGAACAAAUUCAGAGGAUCUUAGGUGCUGGCUUGUGGAGACAAAAGGAGGGAAAUGGGUAGAGCCUGUUUGUCUUGCUUUUCCAGAGACAGAAUGUAAAGACACGCACUAGAAAUCACAGUCCUGGCCAGAGACGUUAUGGUCACUGUGAGGGACUGGUGGCAUUAUUCCUUUUUGAGGGGCUGGGGGAGCUAAAGUUGGUGGCUAUUUUCACACAGAUGUGUUGGUUUGUGGUCCAACUUCUUUAUCUGAAAAAGCCAGUGAGAAAACAUUUUUGAUUUGAUUUUUCUAAACUAUAUACCAUAUUUUAAGUGUAGCAGCUUUGACUUUGCAAUAACAUGGCAAGUAUCUGAUUUCUCCUUUGAGGCAGAGGUUUAAGUGUAGGCCUGUUACACUUGUUUGAUACCUUUUCAUGACAGUCUCAGUAUAAAUCAGUUGGUACAGAAACACAUGAACACAUUUUGAUAGGGCUUAUUUCACACAAAGAAGUUUAUGUUUAUUUGUGUGGGUGGUUGUUGUUAUAUAUUAUUGUCUUUAAGGGAAAAGAAGCUAUAAGAUUUGCUGACAGCCAAAGUAUCAUUUAGAAAAGUGAAGCAACAAGAUUUAGGUUAAUGAAAGAUACAUCAGUUUGCAUUUUGACCUGUUCAGUGUCUGUCUUCCAGCACGGUGUGUACAGUUCUUCAAAAUAGUACUCAGUUUGCUAAUUAGAAAUAUCGUGGAAAGCCUCAUGGUCACUAAUUUUCAACUAGCAUCAGGUAUUUUGAAAACGUGUGUCUGGAUAUUAACUCUUGUUUAAACUGAAUGUAUGAUAUUUUGUUAGAAUGGAAAAGUACUAUCUUUUUAAUUUAAGUAUUUUAAAUAUAGUUGUAUAUUUUUCUUACUCUUA